AUGGUAUGGAUCCGAGCUGAUAAACAGAAUGAAACAAAACUCAAAAGUCUUCCGCAGAACGUUGUACUGUAUGUGCUUAAUAAUCACCGCUUUCCGAAAUGGCAAUACGGUUAUGAUAGUAGCGUUACAAGGACGCAGCGAGACAUGACGCAUCAUCUGGUUGUAUACGUAUUUCAGCUCAUUGAGAGCAAAUCUGACUGUAAAGCGGUCAGGCAAUAG